UUCAUUUUCCUGCAUAUGUGAUAAGUCCUACAGUGGAGAAACUGAUAGGGCGGUAAGGCGGCGAAAAAAUCGGGGUUUAGUGCCGCUGCAAAAUGGCCGGGCAGCAGUUUCAGUACGACGAUAGUGGCAACACAUUUUUUUAUUUCCUCACGUCCUUUGUGGGACUUAUAGUCAUCCCAGCCACCUAUUACCUCUGGCCACGGGAUCAGAAUGCGGAGCAAUUACGUUUGAAGACUUUACGAAGAGUUCAUGGAAGAUGUCUGUGGUAUCGCCUUCGGCUUAAGAAAUCACAGCAGAGCAUUGUUCCAACACUUAAAAAAGCAGCCCUGUUGUUUGGGUGGGCAAUAUUUCUUUUCCUGGCCUAUAAGGUGUCUAAAUUAGAUCGAGAGUACCAGGAGUAUAACCCCUAUGAGGUCCUCAGCCUGGACGCAGGGGCAUCUGUAGCAGAGAUUAAGAAGCAGUACAGGGUGCUGUCUCUAAAACACCAUCCUGAUAAAGGAGGUGAUGAAGCCACGUUCAUGAAGCUCGCUAAAGCUUACUCUGCUUUGACUAAUGAGGAAUCACGGAAGAAUUGGGAGACAUAUGGCAAUCCUGACGGCCCUAGAGUGACAAGUUUUGGAAUCGCUCUUCCUGCAUGGAUUGUCGACCAGAAGAAUUCAAUGCUGGUGCUCCUGGUAUAUGGAUUAGCUUUUAUGGUCAUACUUCCUGUGGUUGUGGGUACGUGGUGGUACCGUUCCAUCCGCUACAGUGGCGAUCAGAUCCUGAUUAACACGACACAGCUUUUCAUGCACUUUAUGUACAAAACACCUACAAUGAACAUGAAACGAUUGGGGAUGGUGUUGACAGCUGCAUUCGAGUUUGAUCCUCGUAGCAACAAAGAAGCCAUUAUAAGACCAACAGACAACAUAGAAGUUCCUCAGUUGAUUCGAGAACUGGGAAACAUUAAUGUUAAGAAGAAGGAACCUCCCUUCUGCUACCCCUACAGCCUGAAGGCACGAGUCUUAUUACUUACACACCUUUCCAGGAUGGAUGUUUCUGAGGAUAUAGAGGAGGAUCAAAGGUUUGUGGUGAAGAAGUGUCCCGCCUUACUACAGGAAAUGAUCAAUGUUGGCUGUCAACUAACCAUGAUGGCAACCAGUAGAGGAGGCCUUCGGGCUCCAAGACUGACAUCCAUAGAAAACUGCAUGAAGCUCUCUCAAAUGGUGGUGCAGGGUUUACAGGAGGCUAAGUCUCCUCUGUUACAGCUGCCCCAUUUUGAAGAGGAACACCUCCGAUACUGCAUCUCUAAAAAGUAUAAGGUGCGGACACUGCAGGAUCUGGUUAGUCUGAAGGAUGCUGACAGGAGAAGCAUGUUGAGAUUCCUCGACGAGGAGAAGUACGAUGAGGUCAUGGCAGUCCUUGGCAGCUUCCCCUACAUCCACAUGGUAACCAAACUUCAAGUGCUGGAUGAUGAAGACAGCAAUAACAUCACAGCAGGUUCCAUUGUUACAGUGACGGUCACCUUGACAAGGAAGAGAACGUCUGAUAUGUUUGAGAAAGACGAGAGCCCACAGCUGCCUACAGAAGAAGCUAAUUCAGAGGAGCAAGGUGAUGCCAAAAACAAAUUAAAAGUUUGGCAAAACAAGAAUAAAGGAGCUAAAAAAGCCACCAAAUCCAAAAAAAAGAAACUGACUAAGAAGAAACCAGUCUCCCAACAGCAAGUAAAGGGAGACAAAGUCAAACAGGCCAAUGGCAACGUGGCAGGAAAUGAAUCUGCUAGGGAAUCUGCUGCUGCUUCAAAAGAGGAAGAGGAGGAACUCUCUGAGAAAGGCAGCGAAUCAGAUGAGGCGGAGGGAAACAAGGACUCGCCCAGUGAAAGGGACGAGGAGAGUGACAAGCAGAGCGACACCGAGGUGGACGAGAUCGCUGGAGACGACGAGGAGGAAUGGGAGGCCCUACAGCAGAGCAUUCAGAGGCGCGAGAGGGCGCUGUUGGAGACCAAGUCAAAAGUCACACACCCCAUCUACGGCCUGUACUUCCCUGAGGAGAAGCAAGAGUGGUGGUGGCUUUAUAUCGCUGAUAGGAAAGAGCAGACGCUAGUGUCCAUGCCCAAUCACGUUUGCACGCUCAAAGACACAGAAGAGGUUGAGCUGAAAUUCCCCGCUCCAUCCAAAACUGGAAACUAUCAAUAUUCUGUGAUUCUCAGAUCAGAUUCAUACAUGGGGUUAGAUCAGAUCAAGCCGCUUAAGCUGGAGGUUCAUGAGGCGAAGGCCAUGUUGGAUAACCACCCACAGUGGGACAUCCCAGAAACCGAGGAAGAGGAAGAUGACCAGGAGGACAGUGAUGGUAUUGAGGAGUCUGAGGAAGAUGACGAAGACAACGACUAAACCAGUCGAUUAUAUAAACUUGAGCACAGCUCACACACCCAUGUGCCCACUUAUUCACACACACAGCCCCAGACCUUUGACGUUUUAUGGGCCGCCACACACGGGAGGAUGUUGACGCCCCAUGUUCCUGUUUAAAAUACAUGAAUCACAAAUCUGUCUGAACCUUUUCUCUGCAUCAUACGAUCUGAGGAACUAUUUCUAAAUUCUCUUUGCAUUCAUCAGGUUGGUAUUGAUGGCCUGUCAGAAUGGUUGUUCGUGGGGUCCAGCUGUGUUUCAGAGUUCACGAAAAGUGUCUGACCAACUAACACGUCAAAAAAAAAAGAUAUAAUAAUAAAAACGGGCUACAGCUGAAAAAUCACACAUCAUGACUGUCAUUUUUCAGUGUCGCAGAAAAUACUUCAAGGGUAUUUUCUACCUUAUCAUUUUGUAAUUUAUUAGAGUUCAGUUAUACCAGGUGUUCCCGCUUUUUAUGAGGCUGUGUGAAGUGUAUUCUGGACUGAACCACAUAGUCGUGGGUCGGGGGGCCAUUGUGACUUGCAUUUCAGUUUGUCUCUGAGUUUAUGGAAUUAUUUACAGUUGUGCAUUUGGCAGACUCUUUUCAUUCAAACUAAGCAUGCGUCUUUGGGACUCAAACCCACAACUUUUGCGUUGCCAAUGCAGUGCUCUACCAGCUGAGCUGCAGGAACUCUAUUAAAGUGCUACACAUAAAUCUCACCUUUAUUAACUUCUUCCAGUUUCACAAAUAAUGACUGCACACAUUCCACAUCCAGAUCUGCGGUUUAGUCCUGAUUUAACUCAAUAUUGCUUAAGCUUGAAGUGCUCUCCCACUGUUUCGUGCAUAAGCAGGCAGAUAUCGCACUGCUUUCUCGGCAUAAUAUAAUCAUGUGGCCUGAGUUCAGUCAAGCACCCCCCAUUUAUUUAUACAACAAAUAUUUUUCAACUGGAAAUCCCCACUGCAACCUUUACAAAGACACAUUGUCUGCAGCAUGAAUGUACAGACAUACAGGCCUUUUCUUAUCAAUUAGACUAAUAUGUUUUGUUGGCCAUAGACAAUUGAAUUUUACAAAAAUCAUAUCGCUAUGGGACAAAUGCUUUAAUAUAUAUUUUUUAAAUAUAUAUAUAUAUAUAGUCUUACAUUCCACGCCCUAAUUAUAGAUAAAAUUAUCUGCUUAUUCACUGUACAAUUUUUAGUGGCCAUAACAAGGUUCAAUCAUCAUUUGCAUUAGGUUUGUAAAAGAAAAUUACCAAUGCAGGUGACGGAAAAAUUGAGUAUCUUUUCAAGUUUUACUUCACUUCUUUUUUUGUGGGGUAGAAUUUUGCAUUUUUUUGGUGGAUAUGAUUAUUUUCGUCCCAUUGUAAUGUCUCUUUUUGCAGAUAUGAGAGGUUGACCACAGAAAAAUAUUUGGAGCUUGUAACCAAACCUUUCUUAGACCCCAUUGACUACCAUAGUAGGAAAAUUACAAUGGUAGUCAAGAAUGCCCCAGAACUGCUGUCCUUCAUUACAUUCUUCAAAAUAUCUUCUUUUGUGUUCAACAAAACAAAAACAUUAAGAUUUUUUUUCUAUUAUAUAAGUGUAUACAGGUUUAGAACAACUAGAAUGAGCAAUUCAUGACAGAAUUUUCAUUUUCGGGUGAACUAUCCCUUUAAGCCAAUCACUUUGAACAUGUUUGUAGAGGGGAUAACAUGUGUAUUCAUACAUUGUUGAUUUUUAUAUUACAGGAAAUGAAAUCUACUUGUUUAUUUCUAAGGUAAUCUAUGUAUUUUAGUUCUGUUUGGAAAACAGCAUACUUCAAGUAGAAAUCUUUACUUUCCCCCUCUGUUUUACUAUUAUAAAUGUAAUUCAAUUCAUGAUGAUAGGGGAGAAGUGUCAUAUUCUGGCUGCAUGUAAACACACUCACUCACAAGCAGUUUUUUUUAAAUGAUAAAGGUUUUACAGAUGAAUAGACAUUUUGUUAUUAUAGCUCCAAAAAAGAAUGUAGCCUCAUGGUUGGUACUGAAAGCUGUGACUACAGAACAUAGAUAAAAGAAAAAUCAAGUCUUCGCAUACAGAGAAACUCACCGGCCAGAAAAGGGUGAAUUGCCUAGUAAACAGUAUCUGCCAUUUUUGUUUACAAGAAAACUGUCAUUGUAAAUGGAAAUAUAUAUUAUUUGUAUUUAAAUAAUUUCAAAUAAAAUAACUUUUAAAAUGUU